AUGGCAUCCGCGGCCGUGUGCUUGGCCUGCCACCGCCAGAGUCCGUCGCUUCGCCUCUGCGGCCAGUGCAAGCUCGCGUACUUUUGCGAUGGCGUCUGCCAGCGCAAGAUAUGGAAGGCGCACAAGCCGGUCUGCCUCGCCGCGUCCAACCCGAGCGUCGACAUGCAGCGCACGGCGCACUGCGGCAACGGCCUCGUCGCCACCAAGGCCUUCCGCGCCGGCGACCUCAUCCUCGUCGAGAAAGCCCAGUUUGUGACCAAGCAAGAGCUCGCGCGCCAGAAUGCGCUGACGCAACUCGGGUACACGCUCACAGCGAGUAACGGCGACGACGUCUUGGCCUCCCAUGGCCCGAUCAUGUCGCUCAUCAACCACGCGUGUGUGCCCAACGCCCGCGUCAAGCGCGAGGCCGGGCCCUUCCGGAAGCUCUACGCGCGGCGCGACAUUGCAGCCGGCGACGAGAUCUGCACCAUGUACGACGCGACGGACGACAACGACGAGUGCGCGACGCCCGCCAUGCGCGCGGCGAAACGCGCGUCGUUGCUCGCGCGCUUUGGCCUCGCCUGCAAGUGCACGCAUUGCGUCCUCGACCAGUCGCUCGACGCGACAAGUGACGACGUCGAUUAA